AGUGUGAUAGAGCCUCUCUAGUACAGCUUUGAGAACAUGCCAUUUUGCUAGCAAGGUCUCUGAUGGGAACACCAAGCUCUGCAGUGUAUUUUUUGGCUUCAGCUUGUAUAAUCUGUCUUUAUCUAGUCGUAUCUUGAAGCUCAAUAAACAGAAGUACCAGGUUUGGAUGUCCUGACAUCCUGACAUCCUCCCCAGCUGGUAACAGGCAUGUGGAAUAUUUAGACAAGCAUUUUUUUCUAUUUUCAAAAUUUGCUACAUGAUUGUAGCACUACAGAAGACAAGAUUUUAAUAAACUGUAUGUUUCCUGAAGAUAAUGGCUCUGAUUUGGGCAUUUUGUCUUUUUUUUUGUUUUUCCCUCUGCAGGAAGAAGGUAUCGUGAAGGAAAUAGACAUCAGUCAUCAUGUCAAGGAAGGUUUUGAAAAAGCAGAUCCUUCUCAGUUUGAGCUGUUGAAAGUAUUAGGACAAGGUUCAUAUGGAAAGGUAUUUCUAGUCAGGAAGAUAAAAGGAUCUGAUGCAGGCCAGCUUUAUGCCAUGAAGGUACUUAAGAAGGCAACUCUAAAAGUUCGGGAUCGGGUACGAUCUAAAAUGGAGAGAGAUAUUUUGGCAGAAGUGAACCAUCCUUUCAUAGUCAAGCUUCAUUAUGCAUUUCAAACAGAGGGAAAGUUGUAUCUAAUACUAGAUUUCCUGCGGGGAGGGGACCUUUUCACCAGACUCUCCAAAGAGGUGAUGUUUACAGAAGAGGAUGUCAAGUUCUACUUAGCUGAGCUGGCCUUGGCAUUAGACCACCUCCAUGGUCUUGGAAUUAUUUACAGGGAUCUAAAACCAGAAAACAUUCUUCUUGAUGAGGAGGGUCACAUUAAGAUAACAGAUUUUGGUCUGAGUAAAGAAGCCAUCGACCAUGACAAGAGAGCGUACUCGUUCUGCGGGACCAUAGAGUACAUGGCCCCAGAGGUGGUGAACCGGCGAGGGCACACGCAGAGCGCUGACUGGUGGUCCUUUGGCGUGCUCAUGUUUGAAAUGCUGACGGGAUCAUUACCCUUCCAGGGAAAAGACAGAAAGGAGACAAUGGCACUCAUUCUCAAAGCCAAACUGGGAAUGCCACAGUUCUUGAGCAUAGAAGCCCAGAGCCUGCUGCGCGCCCUCUUCAAAAGGAACCCCUCCAACAGAUUAGGUGCUGGAUUUGAUGGAGUGGAAGAAAUUAAACGUCACCCUUUCUUUGUUACUAUAGACUGGAAUAAACUGUACAGAAAAGAAAUCAAGCCGCCUUUCAAGCCCGCGGUGGGGCGGCCAGAAGACACCUUUCAUUUUGAUCCAGAGUUCACAUCUCGGACCCCCACAGAUUCCCCAGGUGUUCCUCCAAGUGCCAAUGCUCAUCAUCUUUUCAGAGGGUUCAGCUUUGUUGCCUCUAACUUGGUGCAGGAGCCUGCACAGCAAGAUGUGCACAAAAUCACUGUUCACCCAAUUGUGCAGUUGCACGGGAACAACAUUCAUUUUACUGAUGGAUACGAGAUCAAGGAAGACAUAGGAAUUGGCUCCUAUUCAGUGUGCAAGAGAUGCAUUCAUAAAGCUACAGAAACAGAGUUUGCAGUGAAGAUAAUUGAUAAGAGCAAGAGAGACCCCUCUGAAGAAAUUGAGAUACUCUUGCGAUAUGGACAGCAUCCAAACAUCAUUACUCUUAAAGAUGUCUAUGAUGAUGGGAAAUUCGUGUACCUGGUGAUGGAGCUGAUGCGGGGUGGCGAGCUGCUGGACCGCAUCCUUCGGCAGAAAUGUUUCUCAGAGCGGGAGGCCAGCGCUGUGCUGUGCACCAUCACCAGGACUGUGGACUACCUACACUCUCAGGGCGUGGUACACCGAGAUCUCAAGCCAAGUAAUAUCCUCUACAUGGAUGAGUCAGGAAACCCAGACUCUAUCAGGAUCUGUGACUUUGGGUUUGCCAAGCAACUCAGAGCGGAGAAUGGGCUGCUCAUGACUCCCUGCUACACGGCCAACUUUGUCGCUCCUGAGGUCCUUAAACGCCAAGGUUAUGAUGCAGCCUGUGACAUUUGGAGCUUGGGGAUCCUGCUGUACACCAUGUUGGCAGGAUUCACUCCUUUUGCAAAUGGACCAGAUGACACUCCAGAGGAGAUUCUGGCCAGGAUUGGCAGUGGCAAAUAUGCUCUUACAGGAGGAAACUGGGAUUCAGUAUCUGAUACUGCAAAGGACAUUGUGUCCAAGAUGCUUCAUGUAGACCCUCAUCAACGCCUCACAGCAGUCCAAGUCCUGAGACAUCCAUGGAUAGUGAACAGGGAGUACCUGUCUCAAAACCAACUCAGCAGACAAGAUGUUCACCUGGUGAAGGGUGCAAUGGCAGCCACUUAUUUUGCUUUAAACCGAGCACCUCAGGCACCAAGGCUGGAGCCUGUAUUGUCCUCCAAUCUGGCUCAGCGGCGAGGCAUGAAAAGACUUACCUCUACCAGAUUGUAG